AUGUGGUGCCUUUUCACAGUGAUAUAUUUCAUCCCUAUUCUUGGAAGUACUCAUGGUAUCUUUCGAAAUCAAAAAGCUGUGAACCCUGAAGCAAAUACGAAUAUUAGCCAAAUCAUUUCCUACUAGGGCUACCCCAAUGAAGAAUAUAAUGUUGUAACCAAAAAUGGUUAUAUCCUUGGCCUGUAUAGAAUUCCUUAUGGGAAGACAAACAAUAAUAAUGUUUCAGCUCGGAGACUCGUAUAUUUGCAACAUGGUUUACUUACAUCUGCUACCACCUGGGUUUCAAAUCUUCCCAACAGCCUGGGUUUCAUUCUGGCAGAUGCUGGCUAUGAUGUGUGGAUGGGGAACAGCAGAGGAAGUACCUGGUCUAGGAAACACCUAUACCUAAAAACAAAUUCCAAAGAGUUCUGGGCUUUCAGUUUUGAUGAGAUGGCUAAAUAUAAUCUUCCAGCUUCCAUUGAUUUCAAUGUGAAACAAACUGGACAACAGGAAAUAUUUUAUGUAGGCCAUUCGCAGGGCACUACUAUUGCUUUCAUAACAUUUUCUACAAUACCAAAGAUAGCUGAAAGGAUAAAAAUAUUUUUUGCCUUAGCACCAGCUUUUUCAAUUAAACACACAAAAUGCCCUCUAAUUAAAAUGGCACACAAAUUAAAGUCAAUAAUCAAGAGCCGUUUGGAUGUGUAUUUUUCACAGAACCCAGCAGGAACAUCUGUUCAAAAUAUGCUCCACUGGAGUCAGCUUCUUCAUUGUAACCACUUGAAAGCUUAUGAUUGGGGCAGUCCUGUUUUGAAUUUUCCUCAUUUUAAUCAAACAAAUUCUCCAUUGUACAAUGUGACAAAUAUGAAUGUGACAACUGCAACUUGGAAUGGUAGAAAUGACUUAUUGGCUGACCUGGAAGAUGUUAAAAUUUUACUUUCUGAAAUCACAAACCUCAUUAAUCAUAAAGCUAUUUCUUACUAUAAUCAUAUAGACUUUUUGUAUGGAUUAGAUGCUUAUCAUCAAGUUUACCAUGAAAUCCGUGAUAUUAUCCAAAAAAAUCUAUAA